UUAAAUUUAGGCCUUGAACGUAUAAUUUCAACUGGCAUAAAUUUACGCCCAGUUCAGUCCAGUUCCACUGACUUCAACAUGAAGACCCUUCAUCAUGUUUUCGAGAUAUGCGUGCUGACAUUUCUAGCAUGGGAGGCCACUGCAAAGAAAAAUAUGGAAACCAUUAAAUUUGAGAAUCAAGUUUCGGUGGUACCCACCAACUCAGAAACUAGGAGAACGAGGGAAAGGAUGAUAAAGUUUAAACCCAUGAAAUUUGAGAAUCAAGUUUCGGCGGCAUACACCGUCUCAGAAACUAAGAAAGUGAGCGAAUGGAAUAUUGAAGUGGAUACAGUGAAAUCAAUAUAUGACUUUGAAAACAGGCAUUUUCUAUACGAAGGCAAUCAACUUGUUAUUUUCUACGUCAACAAUAAAAUCGACGCACGAGAACUCGAUGUUCAAAUGUACAAGGUUGACGCUGCGAGGGAGUUUGCAAGAUUUCAUGUUAAAAACGGAUUGUACCUAAUUGUUCCCAAAAAUAUAAUUACUGAAGAUUUCAGAGUAAGAUACAACAUACAAUUCAAGAAUUAUCUUUGGUUUGACUUGAAAGAUAAGUACAUAUACGUCGAUGUUACUGACAAAUCUACAUACGAAAACAGAUAUGAAAACUACCCAGAUAGACGUAUUUACACUUUGUUUCACAACUACCAGCCAGACUGCAAGACAACAAAAGAAUAUGGUUGCCUGGAGGCAAUAAAAGCACAUUUUUUUGGGUUGUUCCAUCUAUAUCGUAUUCAACCAGCUACAUCACAGUCCUGUUCCAAGACUUCAUCGUCAGGAUGAUACUCUAACUCAGCAUCACGAUUGUGAAUUCUUUAAUGACAGUGAAGCUGCACUGAAGAGGAUCUUCUCCAACUGAGGGUGGAUACCUGCCCUUCUUCUAGUUUCUGCGCUGUAUUGUGUGUCAGGGGGCGAAAGCAGAGUACUGGGGAUAAAUUUGUGUUAAUUUAUCAAUUACUUUUCCUCCACUACCACAUGAUCUUCUCCUAGUUUCUUUAUUGAAGCCAUAAUUUUAUUCUAGUCCAAUAUUGUCACCCUUUAAUACUGUCUUGUUAUUGCUAUUUUUUCUUAUGGAAAUUUAUAUUUUCGCUGUUAAGUGUUCAAUUUAUAUUUGAUAUACUUUCAUCUCGAUUCCUGUUCAUAUCAAUAUUGUUUAAAUUUACUAUCAUAGCAAUCUGGUCAAUAUUAUUGUGCACUGUUCAUACAGUAUUGUUAUUGUUAAAUUUUUAUAAUUUAUAUUUGUACUGUUAAGUUUUCACAUUUUAGCGAAAUUCCCAUAUAGGGAAUAACCUAUUACCUAUAGGUUUCAUGGUACAUGGAAUUUCAUGGUUUCAUGGUAGAUCUGGGACCGAUUUAUUUUGAGGUCCCUAGAGGCCAAAAACACCAUCCGUUCAAAUUUAGAUAUAUAUCCGUAAGCACGAUAACUCGAGCAAAAAUUAUCCGAUUUUGAUGAAAUUUUAUACAAACGUGCAACAAACGGGGUUCUUUUAGGGGUAAAAAUUGAUUUUUCCUAUUUUGACCCUAAAAACACAAUUCCAUAAUUUCUCUCCAAACUAUUUUGUAAAGCUUAAGAAAAUAAAUAAUUUUGUAUGUUGAAGUGUUGUUGUAUACCCAAUGGUUAAGGAGAUAAUUUACAAAAUUGUAAACUUAAAAUUCCCAUGUUAUUCUUAUGGAGAACUAAUAAACUAUUUCUAAACGAAAUGG